CAGACAAUGAACAGUCUACUGCUGUCUGUAAUGUUCCAUACAUCGACAGAGCGCUAGCAAACUAGAGGUCAGAGUUCAAAGGUUCAGUCAGUUGAUUCCUCACAUUUGCCCGUCGUGCAGCUGAAUACUUUCUGGUUGUUCGUAAAGACUUUCGUCCGUUCCUUGCAGUUCAUUAGUAGUCUUGUUCAUGUCCAAGGAACAUCAGGGAGGAGGUUUUGAAACUCAGCCAUAGGUACUGGACUAGAGUAUUUGCAUGUUGAUGUUUUACUUCAGCAGUGCCCUUCCUCGUCGUGUAAAGUUUCAAUUGAAAUAGUUCCAGCAAUUCAGUUAGUCGAGGGGGAGCAGUUCGUAGUGUUUCUUGUCAUCAAUGGUAGCGAGACGUAAGGCGACCAUCCUAGACUAUCUUGAAGAAACUGUGAAGAAAUUUGCUGAUGCAGUUUCUGAGAAAGGACGAGCGAUGUACGAGAUAUGGGCGUUGGUGUUCAACAUCCUUCAUCUCCUGCACAGUACUGGAGCAGAGAAAGUUAGAUGGACACCACCUGGUUAUGCAUUCACAUUCUCCUACACACUAGGAGUCACGAUGAUAGCUGUUCUCUGCUAUUGUGGAGAACACCUUAGUGAUGAAAUGAUGCAAGGUCUUGUCGACUAUAUUCUGCACUUCAAGUCAGUUGAUGUCAAUGAAGAAGAUACCGACGACUCCUCGACUCUCUUGCACCAUUGUGCAGUGACAGGCAAUGCACGUUUAGCAAAACUGCUCAUCGAACGCGGCGCUUGCCUCAACGCACAGACCAGCUUGUCACGAUAUACUCCACUGCACUUGGCAGUCAUCUGGAACCAGAUCAAUGUUGUCAAGGUGAUACUGUCACAUGACAGUGACGGUGUCACCUUGGAUACUGCACUGCUUGACGGCGAUGGUGAAACAGCAUUGGACAUAGCAAAGCGAUCUCCUGAUGAAUAUGUGCAGCUUCUCACACAGUAUGAAGCUGACAAGGCAAACAAGAAGAGUAAGAAGCCACUGUUGUCAUUAGAAACUGAAGUGUGAAAGCAGCUGUGACGGGCAAGCCUAGUCUGCAUAGCCACGGCGGGGGACGUCUACCACUCGUGUGUGUGUGUGUGUGUGUGUGUGUGUGUGUGCGUGCGCGCACGUCUGUGUUUAGAUGCAUGACAUUUUAGGAAAUUAGUAAACGGACUUCUCGUUGAUAUUUUGCUUCUUGGUUCUCGCAAUAUCUGAUGGAUGGGUUCUAUACAUUCUAUUCGCCAUGCUCUUUACAACUACAAGUAAAUUUCGUGAAUAAUUUUCACUGUCGUUGUCGUCUGGUAAACAAAUUGAUUACAUCAUAGCUGAUCGUUGUCCUCCACCAGCCUGCACCGUGAACUUAGCCAGUUUUAUUACUCGUUUGAAACUGUUUUCCCUCUAACUAAUUUUCUUAGUAUGCAGCGCUGGCUGACUAUCGUGUACAAUUGACCGUGCCAUUCUUUGUAUUUGUUUCUGGCUUUGUCUUGUUUCUGUACACGUGACAAUGUGGCUGUUGCCUCAGCUUUGGUGUUUUGUAUCUGGAAAGAUUAUUGCUGAUAAAAUUUAAACUCUCAGAUAUUCCAAAUACUCUUUCUGCUCUCGGACUAUGCUAGGUUCAAGUUUGAACUGAAGCUAGGCGGUUUACAGGAGAGUACGAGA